AUGCGGCGCCGGGACUGGAAACGAAGGUUCAAGAGUCUCCAGGACAGUCUAGGUUCGUCGAGACCCAAAGAUAAAGAUGGCGCAUCGGGCUCCCAUUCUGCCCAGCAUCUGAAGCAUCACGCCAAUUCAAGGCCCGAUACCUCGACUAUCAAAGAUAAUGAAUCCUGUAAAGACCCGGUACAAUCAGACCAGGCUUCACAAACGCAGAAAAAUAUUGUACCAGCCUACCAACUGCUCAGGUCAUCUCAGAGUUUGGAGAAUCCCCGAAUUGACAAUGCUCCAAUCCAAGAUCUCUGGAAUAUAGCAUACAAAAGGCUACGGGUGGAUGAGAGCGAACUGAUCAAGAAAUAUGAGACAAAGCUCCGAGGGAAUAUGAUCGCUGGUCUAGGUUCGACACUUGGGUCUAACGCAAGCAUGAGAGACCGAAUGCAGAUGAUCCUGGAAUACAAAAUGAAAGAAGUCAAUUCGAAUAUGUGGAAGUUAAAAUUUAGGAGCUCUGAUGUCGACAUUAGAGAUCUCGUGCAACCUAUUCUAGGGAUUGUGAGCUUGGUCAACGAAUACAUCACUGAUGCCGUGAGUGUAAGCUCUUAUGCAUCUUUUGCUUGGGUCGGCAUCAGUCUAUUACUGCCACUCUUUAUGAAUCCUUCAACACAAAUGGCAUCCUUGGUAAAGGGUUUGGAAUUCGUCUCGACUCUUAUUGCCCAGAGCCGAAUGAGAGAAGAGCUUUAUGUUCGGCGCUAUGAGUUAAAGCCUAGUGAAGGCCAAUCAUUUCAACAAUCUCACCAGGAGUAUAAAAUCGGCUUAGAACAGCUUUAUCGACAGAUUCUGAAGUUUCAAGUUACAACUUACUGCUACUUCACCAAUGAUUCCGCAUCCCGCCUUUGCUUGGAUAUUUUAAAACGAAAUGAUUGGGAUAACCCAAUUAAUGGAAUUCGUGAACAAGACAUGUUGUUUGCCAAGCUGACUACGACUUGGCGUGACAUUCAAUACGAUGAUGAAUGUUUGGCGGCCGAAAACCGGCAUCAAAAAGCCAUGAGCCUCUGGUUUACCAUUGGGGAGAAUGUCGCUAGCUUAGAGAGAGCUGUGAAAGACGCGCAUGAGCAGAAAGAUCGCAUCGAACUGCUCCGAUGGCUAUGCGAUAUCGACCACACCGAACUAUAUAAUAGCGCGCACGGUAAGCACAAGGGUGGUACGGGAGAGUGGCUCCUAGAUCGGUGCGAGGCAUUUAAAACGUGGGAGGAGAGCAUGGUGUCUAAGGCUUUUUUAUGGCUCCAUGGAAAAGCUGGCUCUGGGAAGUCCAUUUUAAGCUCCUCUGUGAUUAAGCAUUUACAAGACCGACAUAAGGGAAACUCUAUGAAUGUGCUCGCCUAUUUCUACUUCAGCUUUAGCGAUGUUCAGAAGCAGAAAAUCGAUGGAAUGCUUGCAUCCUUAAUUAAGCAAAUCAGUGCCCAUCGUCCAUACAUGCCGCAAUCGGUCCAAAGCCUCGGCGAGUAUAAGAAUAACGGCGGCCGUCCAGAUACGGAAACACUCAUAGAAGCGUUAAUCGCCUCUAUCCAGGGAUUUUCGGCCGUGUAUAUUAUUAUUGAUGCUUUGGACGAGUGUCCAACGCUAAACGGCGAGAGAAAGCGACUCCUGAACAGCUUGUGUGAUAUUCUGAACGCAGCACCGGACAGCCUUCACAUGCUCUGUACAAGCCGCAAGGAGAAUGAUAUAGAUAAAGCAAUAAGGCCUUUGUUAUGUGAUCCCUGGGGAGCCGAAAUAGAUUUGUCUGUCCAACGCGAAGUUUUAGACGAUGAUAUUGGCAAGUACAUCGACUCGAUUCUAGCAGAUACCGAAUACGAUACAUGGCCAACGGAUAUCAAAGAAGAAUCAAGAAAUGCGCUGAUAGAUAAAGCAGACAGCAUGUAG